UUCAGUUAAUGUGAAUCAAAUGGAACAAGCUGAUAUUGCAGGUAGCAAGGAAGUAUCCAGUGAUGACACCUCUUCCUUUGGCCAAGUCACUGAACAGCGAAACACCAUUGCAACUUUAUCAACAUUAGUUCAACCUUCAACACAACUGCAAUUUUGUGAUCCAACUUGUCAAAGUGCUACUCAUCCGUAUCAACCAUCUGUUGUGAAUACUUGUUCCGUAAGCACUGGGUUAGACAGGCAUGGGGCAUUGAAUGCUCAGCAACAAUCAGCCAACCAGCCAACGACAAGCUCCAUGGUUGAGCAUAUACCUGAAAGUGGGCUCCAGUCAGAUUCAGUUACCAAUGAGUUUAGUCAACUGCUUAUGUCACUUGGCAAUCGCACCUCUUCUUCUGCCCAAGUUACUGAGCAGCAAAUUGCCUCUAAUUCAUUCUCAUUGACUCAACAUGUAACACAACAAUAUGGUGACCAUACGUGUCAAACUUCUGCUCAUCAGUAUCAACCAUCUGGCUGGAAUAAUUAUUCAGAACAAGCUAGGUUAAACAGCCCUAGGGCACCAAAUGUUCAGCACCAGACAACAACAGGAUCCACUUCUGGACAAUACAUGCCUGAAAGUCGUAUUCAAUCAGAUCCAUUAACAAUUGAAAUGAGUCGACUGCGUAAUUUGCAAUAUCUGAUGACCAAGAGGCAUCUAUCUGAGCGGGAAAAAAUUAUCUCGGAUUGCAAAAUGGAGAUUGCUGAAUGCAAAAGGAAGUUUGAGGAGAUGUCCCAUAAUUUAGAGAUGGAAACACUGCACAAAAUGAAGGAUAUUGAGAUACUUCAUGACAAAAUACGUAAGCAACAGAUAUUAGCAGAGACAUUCCAGGUUGUACAUAAGGUCUCUAUUGGAGUUGCUUCAUGCAAUCAGAGAGGUGCACCCAGGAGAACCACGAGAGAGCCUAAUCAGCCAUCAGGGCAACAAGUUUCGCUGUUUCCUUCAUCAGCAACCAUGUACCAGUCACCGCAACCUUCUGCGCAACCAUCCACAAACAACUUCCUUAGACAGCCUGUUAUGACCACACCGCAGGCUAUAGCUAACACAUUGGGCAGACCUGCCACUAACUUAACGCAUGCUCCAAGUCGUCUCAUGGGUGCUGGAAUUGCAUACAAUGCACCUCCACCUCAUCUCCGAAACUUUGUAAAUCUGCUGCAACCUUCUCGUGGUGGUGCUGCAGGCUUCGACAGGCAGCUGCAGUUAUGAUAGCAUCCAUCGCGCAUGCAACCUGCCUGUCUACAUGGACUUCAGCUGACUUAGAAAGCUAGAAGUCGUGUUUCCUUUUGGAUCUUGACCAGAGAGCAGUCUAACUGUGUAGUUAGGUUUGUUCCCUGCCCAUCAGAUUAACAUGUCUGUUGAUUCAGUACUUUGUUUUUCAUUAGUUGCUGCCUGGCUAGUAGCUGCGACUCGCGACUGUUUCUGGUUAAACUCUGCAUUGUGAAAUCACAAUUUUGCAGCUGACCCUGGUUACCUGUUCUCCGGACUGGAAUUCAGUUUAACUCGUGCAA